CAAACCUUCUUGCUUCCUCUUCUGGUACAAGAAACCAGAGAGAAAUGCAAAGUGAGGAAAAUUUAUAAGACAAAAGAAGCAGCAAAGAAAGGUUGUUUCUUUGUUUCAUUCAUUCAAAUGGGUAUUACACAAAGUGACGACAAGAUGGAGGGAUGGCUAUAUACCAUUCGUUCCAAUCGGUUUGGGCUCCAAUUCUCGCGCAAACGCUAUUUUACUCUCCAAAACAACGUUCUUAAGAGCUAUAAGACUAUACCCACUUCAGAGAAAGAGGAGCCUGAUAGGAGUGCAAUAAUAGAUUCCUACAUUCGGGUUACAGACAAUGGAAGGGAGAGCAUCCACAAAAAAGUAUUCUUUAUCUUCACACUCUAUAAUACUUCAAAUCACAACUAUCAGCUUAAGUUGGGAGCAAGUAGCUCAGAGGAAGCAGCAACAUGGAUUCAUUCCUUGCAGGACGCUGCAUUAAAGAAAUCUUCAGGCAAUACGAGUAACAUUGUUGAUCCUCCUAAAAAGAUGUGGUCGUCUUUGAGAUUGAGUAGCAUAAAGAGGACCCGUGGAAACUCUAUGGACUGGAAUUUUAGUCCAUCACUGCACACCGAGGCAAUGACCUCUGAUGUCAUCGCACCAUCACCUUGGAAAAUAUUUGGUUGUCAGAAUGGAUUACGGUUUUUCAAAGAAGUAAAUGAUUGGGAUUCUCAUGGACGGAACGGGGAUGAAGCAAUAAUGGCUGUUGGAAUGGUUGCUGGAACUUCUGAGGCCAUUUUCCAUACAGUCAUGGCUCUUGGGCCCUCUAGAUCAGAAUGGGACUUCUGUUGCUACAGGGGUAGUGUGGUUGAGCACCUUGAUGAUCAUACAGACAUUGUUCACCAGCUUUUAUGCAGUGAUUGGCUAUCUUGGGGAAUGGGGCGAAGAGAUUUACUCAUUCAACGCUAUUGGAGAAGAGAGGAUGAUGGCACAUAUGUAAUUCUUUACCAUUCGGUGAUUCACAAGAAGUGUCCCCCUCAAAGUGGCUAUGUCCGUGCUUGCCUUAAAAGUGGUGGCUAUGUUAUCACUCCUGUGAACGGUGGAAAUAAGUCACUAGUAAAACACAUGCUUGCCAUUGAUUGGAAGCACUGGAGAUUGUACCUAUGCCCAUCAGCUGCUAGAUCCAUCACCACUCGUAUGCUUGAAAAAGUUGCAGCAUUACGGGAGUUAUUCAAAACCAAACAAGGAAAUUGUUUGUCAGAAUCCUAUGGAGAAUUUGAAAGAGAAAUGGAGUUGGCCCAAAUGAAGAAAGAGGGUACCCAAACUAAAGCACAAGAACCAGAAGAGAUUAGCAACACUGACAAGGAUACUUUGAUUGUGGAAGAGGUGGAGAAACAAACCUCUGGGCGUGCAAGUCUAAUGGACGUGAAUGAUACAUCAGAUGAGUUCUUUGAUGUUCCAGAAACAUCAGACUCAACAGAUUAUGACUGCCUGGAGAAUGAAUCAAGUCCAGGAUUGCCCUCCCUGAAUAGGCAACAGCCUGAGUUACCUUCUGCAGCUGGCCUCGUGAAAAACUUACAGGAGCUUGCAACCCAAAAGAAGGGUUACAUGGAGUUACCUGAGGUGACAAGGGAAGAAGAAAACAUCACAACUUACUCCUAUGGAACAACACUUCAAAAAGACCCAGCUUGCAAUGUGCCUUGCAGUUGGGCCACUGGUGAUCCUUCAGUAUUUUUGAUUCGUGGAGAAAAUUACUUAAAAGACCAUCAUAAGAUCAACGCAAAGAGCACCUUGAUGCAAAUGGUUGGUGCAGAUUGGCUAAGAUCUGGCAAACGAGAAAAUGAUUUUGGUAGCCGCCCUGACAGUAUUGUUCAGAAAUAUGCAGCAUGGGGCAGACCAGAAUUUUUCUUUAUUGUUAAUAUCCAGAUUCCUGGGACAACUAUGUAUACCAUAGCAGUGUACUACAUGUUAAAAACUCCUUUAGAAGAGCAUCUCUUGCUACAUAAGUUUGUAAAUGGAGAUGAUGCCUAUAGGAACUCAAGAUUUAAGCUCAUACCAUACAUUUCUACGGGAUCAUGGAUAGUCAAGCAGUGUGUUGGAAAGAAAGCCUGCUUGAUCGGUCAAGCCCUGGAAUGUCAUUAUUAUCGUGGGACAAAUUACUUGGAGAUUGAAAUUGAUGUUGGUUCUUCAACAUUAGCAAGGGGAGUAAUGAACUUUGUUCUUGGAUACUUCAACAAUUUGGUCAUAGAAAUGGCAUUUUUGAUACAGGGUAAUACACAGGAGGAGCUCCCGGAAUCUCUUCUUGGGACAUGCCGGCUUAAUCAUCUUGAUGUAACAAAAUCGGUCCUAGCAACACCGUGAAUUAGAAGAAAUCUUGUUUCCUUUCAUGGGAGGAAGAUGAUAAGGGAGAUACAUCAACUCAAGUGUAUAGGUUUAAAAAGACCCAAAAAAAAAAAAGAAGAAGCAGAAGAAGAAAAUUUCUUUCUCUUUCCUUCCAGUCACAUUGAGUUUGGCAGGAAUGUGCUAUGAUCAAGCUCUUUGUAAAAGGCUAUCCUUUCCUUUAUCAAGCUCUUUUUUCUUCAAAAUUCUGUCAAUUAAAUGUGUAUGUUUGUUCCUGCAAGCAUAUACAUAUAUGAUACAUGCAUGUUCUUAACAUUAUUAUCUGAAAAGAAAAUAUUAGUAUGCCAUAAAUUUGGUGGGGAAGU